AUGAGCCCGAUCCAAUAUGAGUCUCUGCUGGAUCAGCCCGCGCUGAGCCCGCCGCCUGGUAUUGAGCCACAGUUCGACAACCCACCCAGUCUCAAACAUGCGGGUUUUGGCAUAACGGUGACCCUCUUGGUUCUCAUCACCUUGCUUUUUAGCAUGCGAACGUUUGUUAAGGUUCGAAUCAAUCAUCACCUAGCGUUAGAAGAUUACCUUUUGCUUGUAUCGUGGGUUGCCUAUAGCGGAGGCUUCACCGCGAUCGCCUUUCUCAUCGCCGACAAACAUGUCGGCACUCACCAAUGGAACCUUACUGUUCGACAAUAUAUAGAUUUUCUCAAGACCUUCCAAGUUGGAUCCAUUUUGUACAACAUCGUCGUUCUUCCACUAAAAGUAGCCAUCGCGCUGCAAAUGAUACGUUUCUUCGUCGCGCCUGGCAUCAGAGACCUAACCUUCUGGAUUUCGCACAUGCUCAUCUGGAUUAAUGUCGUAUUCUACAUCACCGCCACAUUCAUGCUCAUCUUCGCCUGCAAACCUGGAAAUCCAAAUCCAAAUGGACGCUGCCUGGACACCGGCGCUCUCCUCAUAUCCACUGCAUCUCUCAACACCAUCUCCGACGCACUCAUGUUGGUGCUCCCCCAACGAGUGAUUUGGGACCUUCGAAUGCCUUUGAAACGCAAACUAGGACUGGCUUCCGCCUUCCUGGUCGCCUUACUUGCACUUGGCUCAUCCGUUGUUCGAGUCUACUUCGCCAUACAGAUCAAGAACAGUCCCGACGUCAGCUACAACGUCGGUCUUCUAGGUCUCUGGUCACUACCAGAGAUGGCGAUCGGUUUCCUGAUCGCCUGCCUUCCCUACUUCCCCAAAUUCCUGCGGUACAUGGGCCGCAAACCCUUCGCCGCCGCGAUACUAGCAAAGUGGCGGUUGAUAUUCCCCUCGUCAGCAGCGACGAGCCACAAGUCCGACGAGCCAGGAGCGCCGCCCGUCGGUGCACGUGCGAACGGCCGAGCGUCGAGAGUCGUCGUCACCGACAUCGAGUUCGACGAGCUCGUCGCACGCUCGACGGGAUCCGAGAUAUUAGACAGGCCCGACCUUGUGUACCACGGUCCCGCGCGCUGGGCCCAGCGAGUGCGUCGCUACCGGCAGGAGCACCCAGACGAAGAGUGGCCACCAAUAGAAGAGGCAUCUGCGACAGUGGCAUACAGUGCGAAGGAAGCGAGUCCACCAGCAUCACUGGCAUCAGCAUCGGAGGGCGUCACGAUUACGAAUAAUAGCACGCGCGGCACCCGCGAUUGA